AUGUUGAAGAGCAAUAACUUUAAUAGUCAACCUACAACCACCCAUAAUAAUGGCAAACAUUCAACUACUACUACAGAUGAACCAACAACCUCCUUAGCUGCUGCACAAUUAACAGCGGGUUUUAUGCAAGCAUAUUCCCCACCUCUGGCCAAGGCAAGAACACAGCUCAAGGAGUUAAUAGGCAAACAAAACAAAAUCUAUAUAGAUUUGUCAGCGGAAAAAUUCAAGCUGGACAAUGGUGAAGUUGCCAAACUGCAUGAUAUGAUGACUGAUGUCAAGUUGUAUCGUGAAAAAUUAUUGAAAAUUAAAAAACAAAUGCAAAAUAUUUAUCAGAGGACCAAAGUACUAAAG